AAACAUUAAUCAUUAAAACUAAACAAUCGGUGAAACAAAUUCAAGAGCUACAACAAAUUUGUGAUUCAUCCAGUCAACGUAUUUUACAAUUAGAAAAUAUAUUACAAGAACAAACAAAUCGUAAAGAUUAUCGUCUACGAUCCGGUUCGAAUAUUGCCGCUGAAAAUACUCAAGGUCAACAGCAUCAACAACAGCAACAACAAACACGACCAAUGUCUAAAGUGACUUAUUCCAAUCGUCCAGGACCACGUCCAUUUUCUAGCACAGAACGUUAA